AUGUCCCGCGGCAUCUACAAACCGUACGAUCUCGUCCCGGACUGGCUAGUCGAAAGCCCUAUCACGUUCGACGACCUCCGGCACACAUCGCCCCCAGCUACCCUCUUCCGCGUCUCUCUCCCCCCGAGCCCCGUUCUCGAGCGUCGCGCGAGCCAAGUUCGGCGCGACAGCGUUGCGUCGACGGACUCGGACGCGCUCUCGCUCGGCCCACAAGACGAGAAGCCGCUCACGGUGGACAUCGAGAUUGAUGCAGUUUCGGAGCUCGACCUGGACGCGGAGGACGCGGAGGAGAUUCGCGUGCAGGCGGUGGAGAUCGUGCAGCGGCUGGAGGAGGUGCAGGAAGAGCAGGACCAGGAUGCGGAUGGAGAGCAGGAGCGCGCGGCGCGGCGGAAAGACAAGCAGCGGCGGACACGGGAGCUGGAACUCGAUCUGGACACGCGCAGCUUCCUUGAGUACGGGGACGAUGACGACGACGAGGGCGACGCGGAUCUCUCGGCGUCUGAUGAGGCCACGCUCAGCGAGCAGCAAGGGAUCGACCCCUCCCCCAUCGACCCGUUCUUCAAGCCCAAGUUUGCAUCGCUCGCCAUUUCCCCCGCCCGCACUCCCACCCCCACGUCUUCUCCCGCCUCGACCCCUCAGCCACAUUCCGCGUCCCCAGUCCACUCCCGCGCGUCCUCGUUCGACUGCACAUCGCCAUGGUUCAUGCACUUCCCCGCCGCGGCGCUUGCCGCUCUCGACGACCAGCUCCUCCAGACGCCGAUCGACGCGUUCGCCGAUCUGUGCUACGCGCAGUCCGUCGUGGAGCUUGCAGACGCUGCUGUCGAAGUGGGCGUUGUGGCCGCGACAGGUGCAUACUCGUGGAGGCGAUUCAGCAGGCUCCGCCCAAUGACGCCAUUCAGCGAAGAAGACGGGUCACACUCGGGCAUGAACACCAGUGUGUACCAGAACCCGCCUCAAGAACCUCAAGAACGACUGCGGCCACAAGCACCAGGGUCUAGGCAACCUCUCGCUGCGCUCCUUCACCUAUCGAUGCCGGACUCGGAAAUCGUUCGGCUUGCAGCAGUCGCGGCCCGAGCCGCGGAAGACCUCGAAGCCGAAGUGCAGGCGGACGCGGACGACGCACCGGAAGACGACCGCGACUCGAUCUCGUCGUUCUCCUCGUCCGACUCCGAAGGUCUGGUGUCGCCCGAACAGCCGCCCAGGAGACCGAGCUGGAGCAGGGCGGCGCGCGGCGGGGACGUGCGCGUAUACAGCCCGCCGCUGGCGGAGCCGCACCACCUGCGGCACUGGGCGCGCGGAAGCGAUGGCUCGAUCCAGUUUAGGUCGCACGCUGCCAUGCCCGCGCACUUCUCGCACACGCCGUCACACAAGCCCAAGUCGCAAUCCCUUCCCUUCCACCCCGCCCAGCGCGCCCCCCUCCCCGGUUCUCUCGCGCACCAAGAAUCCCUCUCCCGCCUUCGCUCGCCGUCACCUGUCCGCACAAACUCUCCAGAAGAGCGCCGCACCCCAACAGGGUCACCCAUCCCGUUCGUGCGCCCGGCCACGGCCGUCACACAAGCGCAGCUCGCGAUGCUCUUUGGCUCAGGCUCCGGGACGCGCACCGGCGAGUCCGUCCACUUCUUUCCCACCGCCCCACCACCCACGAACGGGUCCAAGCCGAAACGCGCCGGGACCCUUCGGAUCUCGACGAACACAGGCUCGAGGCAGGAGGGGAGCCCGACGGCUGUCGCCAGCGCGGGCGCGUGGAUAUCGCGCGCAUUCUCUCGGAGGGAGCACCGGUGA